UCACCUGAAGUGGCCUAUAAAACCCCAAAAGAAAUCCAGCUGCGGCUUUGCUGCUGACUCCUCUCACUCACUUCAGUCAUCCUCAAGAGGCCAACUGGCGGUGACUUCCUGAUUUAUCCUCCAGGGGACGAUGGGAUUGGGGCUCGCCCAGUAAGUAAGCUGCUCGGUGGAGGCCUGGGCAGAACGUCCCCUGGGCCUCAGUCACCCCUGCGGGGUUCUCCGCGCUCUCAGGAGCAGACGUCCCGCGCAGGGCACCGCCCUGCCUGACCCAGGCGGGGACACAGUGGUAGAGUGGGACGGCGAGGCUCCGCGCCUCUGUCAGCGGCCUAGCUGAAGGCCCGCCGCCAUGUCCCGGGUACUGGUUGUGGGCGCCGGGCUAACCGGAAGUCUGUGUGCCGCGCUGCUGAGGAAGGAAACAACCGCCCCCCUGUACCUCGGCCUGUGAGACAAGGGUGGGGACACAGUUUUUAUGAGGAACUGUUAGCUCAUGGAAUUUUGAAGCCUCUGACAUCCCCCAUUGAAGGAAUGAAAGGGAAGGAAGGAGAUUGCAACUUGUGGCACCUCAAGGAUUUUCUUCAGUUAUCAAGUACUACUUGAAAAAGUCAGAUAGCAGCUUUCAAAGGAUUCAGUAAGAAAAUAUGGUUACAACGACUGUUUUAAGGAAAAUACAGCCUGGUUUAAAAUGCUCUGGCUGCUGAGAACAAUGUGCCUUAUCCAAGUACUUGGUAAAAUAUUUUGUUUAUUUGGACCAAAGAAGAAUCCUGAAGCUCACAUGAAUGUUAGCGAGAUUAUUAAACACUGGGAUUAUCCAAGCGAAGAAUAUGAGGUUGUGACUGAUGAUGGUUACAUUCUUCCAAUUAACCGAAUUCCUCAUGGGAAGAACAAUGCUAAAAGUCCAGCCCCCAAAAUGGUAGUAUUUUGUCAGCAUGGCUUGCUUGCAACUCCUGGUGCAUGGGUUUCCAAUCCGCCUGUCAACAGCCUGGCCUUCAUCCUAGCAGAUGCUGGGUAUGAUGUGUGGAUGGGAAGCAGCAGAGGAAGUACCUGGGCAAAGAAACACGUGACCCUCAACCCAGAUUCUAAAGAAUUCUGGGAUUUUAGUUUUGAUCAAAUGAUAAAAUAUGACCUUCCAGCCACCAUUAAUUUCAUUCUGGAUAAAACAGGACAAAAGCAGAUUUACUACAUUGGCCAUUCUCAAGGAACCCUUCUUGCUAUUGGGGCAUUUGCAACAAAUCAAAAACUGGCAGAAAAGAUUAAACUCAACAUUUUAUUGGCUCCAAUUUAUAGUGUUCAACAUUCCAAAGGUAUUUCGCACCUUGCGUCUUACCUCACUCCAACGACUAUCAAGCUCCUCUUUGGUGAAAAAGAAUUUUUGCCUACCGUAGUUUUCAGUGAGGUGGGUGCAUGUGUUUGCAAUAUUAACUUCUUCACUGCUAUAUGUGCUGCUAUCAUGGGAUCGAUGGGUGGAUAUUCUCCAGAGGAGUUAAAUAAGAGCCGCCUUGAUGUGUAUGUAAAGCUCAAUCUAGCAGGAACAUCAGUAAAAGUUCUUAUACAUUAUAAUCAGGUAGGAAGAAGUGGUAUACUUCAGGCUUAUGAUUGGGGAAGUCCAUCUCUGAAUAUGCGACACUACAAUCAGACUACUCCUCCUGUAUACAAUGUAGAAGACAUGAAGGUUCCAACUGCCAUGUUUACUGGUUUAAAAGAUUUUUUAUCUGACCCAGAAGAUGUUGAAAUUUUGAAACCCAAAAUCCACAACCUCACAUACCUUAAGACUAUUCCUGAUUUUAGCCAUUUUGAUUUUAUAUGGGGAUUAAAUACUAGGGAAGAGGUUUCUGAGGAAAUUUUAACAAUUCUUAGGAAAUAUGAUGGUGAUUAUAUUUAGCUUUUUGCAUGAUUUUAAACCUUUCUGAAAGUCUCUUGUUCUUAUAAGUGCAAAUGUUUUCUUGCUUGGCCAUUAUUCACCUUAAUUAUCUUUGAUUUUUUUUAAGCAGCUGUUUCAUUUGAUGAAUCAUUUGUUUUAGUGAAAACUAUGACCAUCAAGGGAAUGUGUUAUCUUGUGAUUGCUUUUUAAUUAAUCUAAGUGUGUUUUUAAAAGAAUGUUCCUGAAGAAAAGACCUCCAUUUAAUUUAGAGUAAUGAAAUCCUAAAAUACUAGUAAAGGAAGAGGCCUGGCCCAUACUGUGCUAUCACACAUGAUGCAAUCUGAAUAACAGAUCAUAAUACGUUUCAUAAAUUCAAACCCAGGUUCGAGAAGGACAGUCAAUCUUGUUGCUCAGAUUCCACAUGUCUUAGUCACUAGUCUCAUUGCAAACCUCCCCUGUCACACCACCUGUGUGAACCAGGCACUGUUUGAGAAAGUCACUUAUGUCAGUUUUCUCUAAAUUGAGAGAAGAAAAUUAUGUAAAAUGAUCUGAGUUGUUGAAAAUAACCCACAGGAUUGAUCAGUCAUUGAAGCCCGUGAAUAAUAUGGUAUUUUGAAUUCUCCUUGCAACACAAAUUGAACACAAAUUCAAACAUGCAAUUUUAAUUUUAUUAUAAACUUUUUUAAUUUUUUAAUUGGGUAUUUUUAUUAUUAAAUUUUAACCUAUUUAGGUGUUCAAAGUAUAAAGUAAUUAUUAUGUGCACAGUUUGAACAAUAUAAAGAGUAACCAAGGCCAGUCUAAAAUACAUUUUUCUUACAAUCUUUUACAUGAUAAUAAAGAAACCUAUAUGUGCGAUUACGUGUGUGAACAUGUACACAUGUUAUAAGUUCCUUUUAUUUUAAGUUUGUGUAGGACAUUUGCUUGAUUAAAUCAAAGUCCAAUGACUUUGUGAAUUAAAUGACUUUAUAACUAAAGUCCAAUGACUCUGUGAGUAGCCUUUACCCAUCUAUUGAUGUUCCCAUGAUUACUGUCUUUGUCCAUUUAUGGGAUGGUGUAUUACUUUAUUGGCUUGGACUAUGUUAAAUCUUCCCUGUACUAUUUCUGGAAUAAAGCCAACUUAUUGAUGAUAAGCA